AAAUGGGAGACUUAUUUCACAAUCCUCUGUUAUCAGUACGAUUCAAAUAAAAGUUCGGAAGUGGUGACGAUAUCCUGGACUUGCUGAAAGAAGAGUAACACAUCCUCUCCCGAGUUACACGCUUGUCAUUCUCUGUAGUCUGUUAGUUGUGGUGUUUAACAUGUAUUUGGUUGUGAAAGUGAGACUAUAUUUAGGCUACAGAUGAUAUAUGUGGAUACCAGGUGCUAAAAAACAUUCACAACAAUUCUUCCCGACGACUUCUAUGAAGCGACCAGAAAAUUAAAAAUCCUCCAGAAAAGGAAAAGACACGCUUCACACUUCUCGAGAGCCAAGGGUGUAAGCAGAGUGCGCAUUUUCUUGCCCUUUUACGUGCCUGAUCACCUACUUGCGGCGCCUGUGUGUCCUGCCCGACAAAUGCAGGCUGUCAUGAGAAUCUGAGUCAAAAACAUCGCAUUCAUGAACACUUGCAAACCCGAGUGAACAACUGCGCAGGGAACGUACUCUUCCCGCUGGUCAUGCUGCUUUGAACCGCUGACUGCGACGCUUCUUUUCACCACUGGAAACGACCAUGGGCGGAGGGAUGGGUGUGGGCGUGAAGGGCGGCUGGCGAGUCAACGUGUUCCUCUUCCUCCUGACGGCGUCACAGGCUGUCCUGCUGCCAUGGGCGCCUCUUAUCCUGCAUGCUACCGGGAUGAAGGCCAGGAUGGUGGGCGCGAUGGUCGCCGUCAUCACCCUGGCCGCGAGUGUGGGCGUGGGUGUCAGUCUGUCGGCGAUGAGGCGGACUCAUAGCGGAGCCUUGCGACGCCUCGUGCUGGUGAUGCUGUUGGCGGGCUCCACCAUCCUCCAGAUGUCCUCCGUCGCCCUUCUGUCCUUCGGCUCUAGAGCCAACUACCCCUCGUGCGGUGGGGCUCCCGGAGAGCUUUCACAGUUCUUUAAUAAUAUUUCGUCUUCAUCACUACCGGUACAAAACGUGCCGGGACCUGUAUCUCUCAGCACUGAUGACUCUUUAGACGUCACCACAAUGGCAGCCGUGACACCUACUGCUCCGGCCUCAGAAACGACAACCCAAAGGCUUACAACGACCUCAUCUACCAGUACAGUUCACGAGACGACUCUUUCUCACACUCUCGCUUUGAUAGAGACCACAUCAGAAGCAAAACCGUCAGACAUAAGCUCGAUUCCUCCAUCCUACCAAAAUGGUAGUUCGUUCUCACCAUCAAGUCAUUCCAGCGGCAACAUGCAAGAAGCCAACGUUUCUUCCAUUAGUUCAGGCAGCGACGACACGCCUAGCCCUGGCACGCACGACGAUGCAGCAAGCACGACGGAAAAACAGGAGGAAGAGCCUAGCGAAGCUUCCCCCGAGAUAGAGCAGACCGUGGCCGUGUCACCAGAUGCAGAUGCCCCGCCUAACACGACUGAAGAGCUGGAUGAGGAUGUAGAAUAUGAAAACCCAUCAAAGGAAGAUUCUGAUAAGGUUUCUAACGAAGAGCAUGUUAUUAAAGAUGGGAAUAAACAACAUAAAGAUAAACAUAAAAUCAACGGCAAAAAGCAUCACGGACAUAGACUCCUACAACCGACAAAGCAAUUACAAGAAAACUACGAUAGAAUAUCUAAUAAUGCUUUUCCCAAUGAAUAUGAGGAUUACUACAUUGAUAACGAGGAUACUCUGGAAAAUCGAGAAAAACCUCGGCUCGGCCUCAUCGGAUCACAAGACCUUCAAUCACAACAUAUGAAUGUCGCUCAGUCGUUUGGGAAUCGAAACUCGUACAAAGCUCCCGGUAGUACUCCCCAGCGCCCCGAUGUCUAUGGCAACAAAAAGGAGGAUUCGAUGUGGUCGCGUUUUUCGCCAGCCGCGGACAAGACCAAAGGUUACGGAGGAGAUCCUAUUAACAUUCUGUCUCUCAAGCAGCCCGCCUUGUCUUACCCUCCGAGGAUUCCAGCCUACGGACAAUCCAACUCGGACAAUGGCGAACGUACUUUCAUGUCUUACAAUUCACGAUCCCAGAGUCUAAGCGCUCAUCCUCGGAAAUACGACAUUCAUCAUCCGCCAUACCCAGACACCGGAGCUCUCGGCUCUGAAGACUAUUCAGAAGGCUUUCAGUAUCCACUUGGCAGAAGCAAUUCCGACUGGAGAAGCCAGACGGGUCGCCAUAAGCGGGCCGUAAGCCGCAAGAAGAAUUCCAAAGCUGAAGUCCCUCCGGAAUCUAAGGACCAUGAUACUGCCUCAGACAUAGAUGAUCAUGCAGAUUCGUCUGAUCCGAUUAUGACCAUGAGCGACCAGAACCUCAUGGGCAUAAAAGUAGGCGUGACCUUCCUCUUAGUCUUCGGUGCUCUGCUCGGGUCGGGCGUGGAGGCAGCCGUAGCACAACUUUGGCACUGCUACGCCCACGGCUACGACGAAGGCGGAGUGAGCCAGGACAUCUUGCAGCGCACCGUCACGCACACUUUUCACCUGAGCGUCUAUGCCAAUCACAACCUCUGGGCUAAACUCACCUCCGGGGCGUGGGUUCUGGGCGCUGGAGUCAUAUCCAUCGCGACGUGUGCUGUGGGCGUGAGCAUAGGCGCCUUCGGAGGGUUGGCGGGAAUGCACUUGGCGCUGGGGGCGUGUGCAGUGUUAAUGGUGCUGGUGAUUCCUGUUCCGUACGGAUCAGUGGACCCCCCCAAAACCCGGCGCCCCCUCUCCCUCUACCUGGACGACGAGGUACUUCGCGAGGGACUGCGCCGCAUGUCCUUCCACACGUGGGUCUUUGUCACCGGCAGCUUGGCGGCGCUGACGCUCACAUUCGGCAUCUGGCUCAUCCAAGAAAUUUCGGGCUCACAGGGCUCCAGGCUGGCAGCGCAGACGGGAGCGGUGGCGGCGAUGCUGGUGGCUGAAGGCCUGGCCCUCCACGCCCAGCGGUGGGUCAUGGCUCACAUCGGCCUCCAGGGCACCAUGAGCAUGUGCGGGUUGGCCAUCUUGCUGAAUUUCGCCAUUAUGUGGGGGUCCUCGGGCGUGGGCGGUGUGGUAGCGGCGCACAUGGGCUUGGGGAGCGGCAUGGCCCUCAUGUGGGUGGCCAUCAAACACAACGCGCUGCUCCUCGCCACCGUCGGUGAUCAAGAGCGCGAAGCAUGGGCGUCGUGGUGGUGCUGGCGCGUGGGCGUGGGUAUCGGGUCCGCUGUCUGGGGGUUGUGUGUUGAAGGUGCAGGAGGCUCAGUGCGCCCCCUCCUGAUGGUCGCCACGCUCUUGGCAAGCAUCGUGGCCAUCGUCGUGGGCACCGUCGCCCUCUUCACCAGACGGCACUGGCGGGCGAGGCGGCGCGUGUACCACACUCUCGACCUGGACAUGGUGGACGAUGACGAAGACGAGGCCGCGGAGGACGACUGGCUGGUCAGGAGUGCUCGGAAAGAAGGUAUCGCUCUCUGAAGGUCUCCGCGAACUGUGACUGGAGUGAUGAGUGAUUCUCAGAGCAUAAUCUGAUUGAUUGAUAACUUAAUUAAGAAAUAGGAUCCCCUGCGUGAUUCUGAGGGCAGAUGACAAAGCGUUUACCACUCUUCCUUUAUAGAUUGGCACUGAACGCGUUAGGAGAAGAAACGUUUGGUGGAGAAAGGUGCAGUUUCUAAAGCGCAACUGAAAAGAGAACGUGAAUCCUUAGUAAUAUGUUCCGGACCUACUGCCCUUCAACUUAUUCAAGGGUAUCCAGAAUUUUGUGGACUCUUCGAACCACGCCGCCACAAAAGGUUCUGCGCGCGCGCGGUCUACAGUGAAUAAUUAGUGAGGAGACUGAGAGGAAGAUGGAGAUAAGCUAAACAAUGUGGAUGAAUAAACAAGAAUAAUUUCCUUACAUAACGAUCUUCCGUUGACGAAUUUACUACCCGUUACAGAAAUCAACUACCCGCUACGGUUAUCAUUUGGCAAGCUAAAGUUCGCAGUUUGGAACUAUGUUGUUCACAUAUCAGUCCAAUAUUAUCAUCGAUCAUUGUACUAUAUUGUUAUUUAUGUAUAUAAGGAUUAUAUUACAUUUUCAUCGCACUCUUAUAUUUUCGAAUCAGAUGUAGUGACCAUAAGAGUCAUAAUGACAAAAAAAGACGUCAGAACAUGAUAGAAUAAAUUGAAAAAAAUAACGCUGCAAUUGUUAAAGAGUAAAUAAACAGACUGAAUGUAUAUAAAUGACUUGUAAAUUGUAAAUGACGAUAGGAACAACCAUAUUCUUGCGCAGGAAAAAAGGAGUUUGCGCGCACAUUAAUUUCAUCAAUUUAUGUAAAUGUCUAACUUUUGAUAUUUGAAAAGAAAUUAAGUAAUUUCCAACGACCGCGAUAUAUUCUUUCUUAACAUGCCAUGACUUUGUGUUACAUGACGGUAUAUAUGAUUUUUUUUAGGAAGUUGUACUUACUAUGUAUGAGUUACUGAGUGAUAUAUGAGAGGAUAACCUUUUUACAACAUAAAAUAAAGAAAAUUCUAUAA